CCAUAGAUAAUCACUGUAGCUACAACCUCGCCGUAGGUGGGUCGGCUCAAUGGCAUUGUAAUGCCUCGCCGCGAUUCCACGAUUAGCUAACAUGUUACUAUAGUUAGAAAAUCAUCAAUAGUGUUGACAUAAAGUUACUUCGUAAUUAGAACUAGUGAUGUGUUAAUUUGAUCUGUGUACACCGUCGACAGUUUGGAUCUCAAUUAAAGUAGACCCUUAGUGUCCUUGUAUAAAUUUUUUAUUUGUAUAUUUUAAUGUUCUGCUGAUCAGCUGUUUGGAAUAUAAAUUUUAAGACAAUGUCACGAAGAAGAUUACUAGUUGGAUGCACGGCGGGAGUGACGGGUGCAGUCCUUGCAUCAUGGGCACUGUCAGCUGACGAUUCGCCCGCGCACUGGUACAAGCCAGCAACAGUAUCAGCUAAAACAGAACGCAAGAAGCGCCCUCUGCCGUCUCGGACGGAUCAAAUCAAGAACCUUCAAGCGGGACACACUUAUGAUAUUCUUAUUAUUGGAGGUGGAGCUACUGGGGCGGGAUGUGCCUUGGAUGCUACAACAAGAGGCCUCCGAACAGCAUUAGUAGAAUCAGACGACUUCGCCAGUGGAACAUCCAGCAGAAGCACAAAGUUGAUCCACGGCGGUGUACGUUACUUGCAGAAGGCUAUCUUGCAGCUCGACUAUGAGCAGUACAAAAUGGUCAAAGAGGCGUUACACGAACGUGCUAAUAUGCUGGAAGUGGCCCCACAUUUGACCAGACCCUUGCCUAUCUUGCUACCAGUGUAUAAAUGGUGGCAAGUACCCUAUUACUGGUUCGGUAUCAAAAUGUACGAUAUAGUGGCUGGAGACAGAAACUUGAAGAGCUCAUAUUAUUUAUCCAAAAAGAACACUCUAGAACUGUUCCCUAUGUUAAAGUCGGACAACUUGUGCGGAGGCAUCGUAUAUUAUGAUGGUCAGCAAGACGACGCUCGUAUGAAUUUAGCUAUAGCUUUGACUGCGGCGAGACAUGGCGCCACAAUCGCGAAUCACGUCCGCGUUCUGAAAUUGCACAAAACCGCGGGAAAAUUGAGCGGUGCCAGAGUUCGGGAUGAGCUUACAGGGAAAGAAUGGGAUGUUAAAGCAAAAAGCAUCAUCAAUGCAACUGGACCAUUCACGGAUUCCAUCAGAAAGAUGGAUGACCAAACUAUCAAAGAGAUUUGCUGUCCAUCAUCUGGCGUGCAUAUUGUCUUGCCUGGAUAUUAUAGUCCUGAGCACAUGGGUCUCCUAGAUCCAUCCACAUCAGAUGGUCGUGUGAUCUUCUUCCUACCCUGGCUGAAGGGAACCAUUGCUGGUACCACUGACUUGCCCUGUGAGGUCACACACAACCCCAAACCGACGGAAGACGAGAUCCAGUUCAUCCUUACGGAAGUCAGGAAUUAUCUUAAUCCUGAUGUUGAAGUUCGCCGUGGUGAUGUGCUAUCCGCGUGGUCUGGUAUCAGACCGCUGGUGUCGGACCCCAACAAGCCAGACACGCAAUCACUGGCCCGUAACCACAUCGUGCACGUGUCACCGUCUGGUCUCGUAACUAUUGCUGGUGGCAAGUGGACCACAUACCGCGCUAUGGCUGCUGAGACUGUGGAUGCGGCUAUUGAGAGUGCUAACUUGAAGCCUCUCUUCCGCGAAUGCCAGACCGACGGCUUCUUAAUCGAAGGUGCCCACGGCUGGACUCCCACUAUGUACAUUCGACUUGUACAAGAUUUCGGCCUUGAAAUGGAGGUCGCACAUCACUUGGCUAAAUCUUAUGGAGAUCGCUCGUUCGCUGUAGCGAAAAUGGCGGCCAUGACCGGCCAGAGGUGGCCAGUUAUCGGCAAAAAAGUUCACCCUGAGUUCCCUUACAUUGAUGCUGAAAUUAGGUACGGUGUCCGCGAAUACGCCUGCACAGCGAUAGAUAUGAUCGCCCGUCGUCUCCGUCUUGCUUUCCUCAAUGUACAAGCGGCGGCUGAAGCUUUGCCCACUAUUGUGGACAUCAUGGCGGAGGAACUCAAGUGGAAUGAGGCUGAGAAACAGAGACAAAUCAAAAUGGCGCAAGAUUUCCUGGCCAACGAGAUGGGCCAGAUGGUGAACAGGGCCAGCCGCGACAAGAUCCCCAUCAACCUGAGCAAGGACGAAAUUCAGACUUACAUCAAACGGUUCCAAAUUAUCGACAAGGAUAAGAAGGGAUACGUCUCUAUUAACGAUAUAAGGAGGAGUCUUAAGAGUAUGGGCGUGAAACCAUCAGAUGCUGAAAUAAGUGCAAUUUUAUCAGAAAUUGACGUCACGUAUCACGGCCAAUUGGAAAUACAAGAUUAUCUUCAGAUGAUGUCGGCCAUCAAAUCUGGUCACGUGUCGUACUCCCGGUUCGCGAGGAUGGCAGAAAUGGAGGAGGAGCAUCACGAGAAGGAAAUGCUCAAGAAACAGAUCAGCGUUGAGAGGAGCGGUGGUGGCUUGUAAGCUGAAUGUUUGCAGAUAGCAAAGUAAAACAACACUUCGAUUAAGAUUUAAAAAUUGAAUAGAAGUUUCUCAAAAGUAUUAUAAUAAA